AUGAAGAAAACUCAGGAUGGUUAUAUGUGGAGGAAAGAUACUGGUGUCAGGAAGGGCAAUCUCCAUUGCGAAGGAGUUGUGGAGCCUCCUGAGAGACGGACUGCCCCUGCGGACUACAUCUACGAUGCCAUUGUCAUCGGCGCUGGCUACAGUGGUUUGAUGGCUGCUCGUGACAUGACGGACUGUGGCCUCUCGGUCUUGAUGCUUGAGGCCCGUGAUCGUGUCGGUGGACGAACCUAUACAGUCGAGUCCGACGGCUUUCUAUAUGAGAUGGGAGGAACAUGGGUAACACACCAUAUGGCAUAUCUAUUCAAAGAGAUGACGCGGUAUAAGUUGGAUAGAGACCUUAUCCUUACCCACCAUCGACAAUAUGCCAACGACUACUACACAAUCAACGUUCCAGGGGCAACCCCACGAAAGCUCCCUCACGAGGAAGCAGGUGAGAUCACUGCGCGAGCGUGGAACAUCUUCGUCAAUGUAGAUGGACAAAACUGCCGCGCAAUCUGUCCAUUACCGCACGCCCAGCUGGAUAACAUUCUGGUUAAUCGACUUGACGUGGAACGCUACGACAAGGUCACCUGUCGCGACCGGUUCGAAGAGAUCAAGCACUUAUUGACGCCCGAAGAGGCAGGAAUUCUUACCGCAUUGCUGCUCCACAUCUCCGGUGGUAGUAUGGAGAACUCAAGCCUGUGGGACAUGAUCCGCUCCCAUGCCCUGAUGUCAUACAACCCAGACAAUUUCACGCCGAUUUGGACCACAUUCAAGCUUCGUCAAGGCCAGUCGGCCCUUGCUGGUGCUAUGUUUCAGGAUGCCGUGGACAACGGCCUGCAAUACGCUUUUAAGACGCCCAUCAAGUCCAUCGUCGAUGAGGCCAACUUAGUAAAAGUAAUCACGGCAGGAGGCAGGCAGUAUCGAGCCCGUCGCGUGGUGAGCACUAUUCCACUUAAUGUGCUGCACACCAUCUCCUUCACUCCACCUCUUUCUCCUACACGCCAGCAAGCAAUUGCAAUCGGACACGUCAAUUACAUGACCAAGAUUCACGCAGAUGUGAAGGGAUCGGGCUUAACCUCGUGGAACGGCAUGCGAUAUCCAAACCUUCUGAUGUUCGGCUACGGGGACGGGGUAACGCCCAAUGGCAAUGCACAUAUAGUGGGCUUCGGUAAAGACGAACGAGACGUGUUUGUCCCUGAGCGGGAUCCAGAGAAGACCAUUGAUGCUUUUCAAAAGCUGCAUCCUAUGGAAGUGGAAAAGAUGGUAUUCCACAACUGGAACACCGAUCCCUGGUCUCAAGGUGGCCCCGCUUGGUGGCCUCCCGAGUUCAUGUCGAAAUAUCAGGAAGAGUUACAAAGCCGCCAUGGACAUAUUUUCUUUGCUUCUGCGGACUGGGCCCAUGGUUGGCGGGCAUCCAUUGACGGUGCGCUCGAGCAGGGAUCUCAGGCUGCAUUGCAGAUUAUCAGGGAACUAAAGAGCGCCCGUAAUGAGCCUGUCAAAGCCAGGAUUUAG